ACAUCAAGGUUCUACGCACUAAAUUGAAAGAGUCUUGCUUUUGGAAAAAAGAAAAACUAAAUUUCACACUGGGUACCCAAAUAGUGUUAUAGCAACCACAGAAUUUUGACUCAGCCAAUUAAUCACUUGACAUCCUAUGCCAAUAAAAGCUGAUUCAUAUCUCACAAGACUCUAAAUUGGUAGUAACAUCCUAUUGUUGAUUACUUCUGAAUCCUAGAAGACAAUCAAUAUGGCUGUGCUAACAUUAAGGUAUUUUUCCUGUGUCUGUCUCCUCCUAGUAACAAUUUUUAUGUCUGGAGUCAGUGCCGAUAACAAUACACAAAACUUCCACUACUUCUGCGAUCAUACAAACGAUAGAGGAAACUUCACAGCCAACAGCACCUAUGGGACCAACCUCAACACUCUUUUGACCACUCUAACUUCCAACACAGAUAUCGAAUACGGUUUCUACAAUCUCACAAAGGGCGAAAACACUGACCAAGUCUACGCCAUUGGGCUGUGUAGAGGAGACGUUAAGCCAUAUGAAUGCCGCAACUGCCUUGAACAUUCCAGAGGCAAUCUCAGUCAGCUUUGUCCAAAUCGAAAGGAAGCAAUUGGUUGGUACGAGGAUGAGAAGUGCAUGUUGCGCUACUCAGACCGCAAAAUAUUGGGUCUUAUGGAAACUGGACCUGCGUAUUUUGCGUGGAGUUCAAUUAAUGCAACGCAAGCGGAGGAGUUCAAUAAAGUGGUAAAGGACUUGCUUGAUGGGUUGAGGAGCAAAGCUGCAUCAGGAGACUCUCGUACCAAAUAUGCUACAGCAAAUGCAACUGGACCAGAUAACAAAUUCAUUUACGGGCUUGUGCAGUGCACGCCUGAUUUGUCUGGACCAGACUGCGAUAACUGCUUGCUUCAGUCCAUCAAUGAAGUCCCAAAUUGUUGCGAUAGUAAAAUAGGAACUAGAAUUGUUAGACCCAGUUGCAAUCUGAGAUAUGAAACUUCCUCUCUCUUCUAUGGGGCUCAAACAUAUACACCACCACCACCACCCACACCCUCACCAUCACCAUCUUUUUCGCCACCUUCUAUGGCCACUACUAACACUUCCGCAGAAGGAAAGAGCAACGCAACUAUCAUCGUCAUAGCGGUAACAGUACCAGUUGUUGUAAUUGUUUUCGCGGUGCUUAUUUUUAUCUACAUUCUUUUAAUAGCGAGGAAGCCACGGAAAAAGUUUGAAAUUCAACAAGAAGAACUAGAUGAUGAUGAUGGUGAUGGAAUUGACGCUUCUGAGCCAUUGCAAAUCAGAUUUAACAUGAUACGAGAUGCUACAAAUGACUUUUCUGAUUCUAAUAAACUCGGAGAGGGUGGAUUUGGAGCUGUUUACAGGGGUACGCUACCUAAUGGACAAGAGAUUGCCGUCAAAAGGUUGUCAGCUAAUUCUAGACAAGGAGAUGCAGAGUUCAAGAAUGAGGUGCUUUUAGUGGCCAAACUUCAGCACCGAAAUUUAGUUAGACUACUUGGUUUCUGUCUGGAAGGAAGAGAAAAGCUACUUGUCUAUGAAUUUGUUCCAAAUAAAAGCCUUGAUUACUUCAUAUUUGAUGAAACCAAGAGAGCACAAUUAGAUUGGGAUAGGCGAUUCAAAAUCAUUGCAGGUACUGCUCGAGGUAUUCUCUACCUCCAUCAAGAUUCUCGAUUGCGCAUUAUCCAUCGUGAUCUCAAAGCUGGUAACAUUCUCUUAGACGAAGAGAUGAACCCUAAGAUAGCAGAUUUUGGCUUGGCAAGGUUAUUUGUUGUGGACCAAACUCAUGAAGAUACACAGAGAGUUGUUGGGACAUAUGGAUAUAUGGCACCUGAGUAUGCAUUGCAUGGACAGUUUUCAGAGAAGUCAGAUGUUUUUAGUUUUGGUGUAUUGAUUCUUGAGAUUGUAAGUGGCCAGAAAAUCAGUAGCAUUCAACAUGGAGAGGAAACGGGAGAUCUACGCGAUAUUGCAUGGCGAAGUUGGAGGGAAGGAAGAGCAAGAAAUAUUGUAGAUCCUACAUUAAACAAUGGUUCAGAAAGUGAAAUAAUGAGAUGCGUCCAUAUUGGGUUACUGUGUGUUCAAGACAAUGCAGCUGCGAGACCCACCAUGGCUUCCGUUGUAGCCAUGCUGAAUAGUCAUUCUUUCGGUCUUCAAGUACCUGUGGCACCUGCACUUUAUGGGAAUGCCAUGUCUGGAAUCUUUGCAGACAUGCAGUUAUGGGAGAUUAAUUCAGGGACGACAAGAUCAAGAGAAUCCACCAAUAGAUCAGACCAAGAUUCCAUCAAUGAGGCUUCAAUUACUGACCCAUAUCCUCGCUAGAUUUUCACCCCUUGGUUUAUAUAUUGAGAUUAAGAAGAAUCUCAAAGCAAUGUUACUAAUUACUACAUUUGUUUAACACAUAUGUUCGUUGCUUGCUGUAUAAGCUGCUCUUUAAUGAUUUUUUAUUGUUGUUAAGUUUUGAGGGAGCAAUGUUAUUGAAUAAGUAUUUUAAAUAUUAAUUAUAGAAAUUAUAAAGUUACAUUAAUAUAACAGAAAUGUUAGUGUAGAGAGAGAGCAGAAUAAUAGUAACACACACUUCAUGUCAUAUCA